ACGGCGCGCCGCUCCCAGGCGUCCUUGCAAGGUCGCUCUGCCCAGCGGGAGCGCGCGUCAGUGACCGGUCCCAGGUCCGGGGGCGCGCCGUUUCCUCCCGGGGUACCAGCGGCGACAUGACGGGGUACACGGCCGAUGAGAAACUGCGGCUGCAGCAGCUGCGAGAACUGAGGCGGCGAUGGCUGAAGGACCAGGAGCUGAGCCCCCGGGAGCCGGUGCUGCCCCCGCAGAGGAUGUGGCCUAUGGAGAGAUUCUGGAACAAGUUUCUGCAGGACCCGGCCCCCUGGAAGAACCUGGUCUAUAAGACGUACCGACACAGUUUCCUUAUUUUUACUCAUGUACUUAUACCUGCCUGGAUUAUUCAUUAUCAUUUAAAAUAUCAUGUGGCUACAAAACCAUAUGGCAUGGUUGAAAGGAAGCCCAGAAUAUUCCCAGGUGAUAUAAUUCUGGAGACUGGAGAAGUAAUUCCACCAAUGAAAGAAUUUCCUGAUCAACAUCAUUGAAGAUUAAUUUAAAAUUUCAAAGGCAUAUGAGCCUAAGUUUUGUUGCUACAUUACCAUAUUUACUGAAUAUAUUCUCUGGAAAAGGAACUUUAAUAAAGUUUACUCUCAGAUA